AUGCCUGGUGAUACGGCGACCAAGGUCGGCCAUACCCUGGCUAAAGGCCUGGGUAUCAAGCUGCAGUAUCGAGACCCUCUCGGAUCCUCAGAUGCCCUAACACGCGGAGAAUCCGUGUUUUCGUCAGGCACCGCCGAUACCUAUAUUGAACCUGAGCCGACUUCAGCCGAGUGGAUUUAUCAGUACAUUCCAUCAGUUCACGCGAUAGGCUUGUACUUUUAUAAUCUGUUCCCCUUCCUUAGAUGGAUUGGCCGCUACAACACCCAAUGGCUCAUCGGGGAUCUCGUUGCCGGUAUCACCGUCGGCGCCGUUGUUGUUCCACAGGGUAUGGCCUACGCUAAGCUUGCCGACCUUCCUGUUGAGUAUGGGCUGUAUUCCUCAUUCAUGGGCGUCUUGAUCUAUUGGUUUUUUGCCACAUCAAAAGAUAUCACUAUUGGGCCUGUGGCAGUUAUGUCCACCUUGACUGGAAACAUCAUUAUUGAGGUCCAAAAAACGCACGAUAUUGACAAAGUCCUCAUCGCACAGUCGUUGGCGAUUAUCUCCGGCGCAAUCGUAUGCUUUAUUGGCCUGAUUCGAUGGGGAUUCAUUGUGGAUUUCAUUCCCUUGACUGCAAUUUCGGCUUUCAUGACCGGCUCCGCCAUCAAUAUUGCCGCUGGUCAGGUCAAAACCUUGCUGGGACAAACCGCCUCAUUUAGUACCAGAGAUGCUACCUACAUGGUCAUUAUUAAUACUUUGAAAUAUCUUCCAACUGCCGGAAUGGAUUCUGCUAUGGGCCUGACUGCCUUAUUCAUGCUAUAUGCUAUUCGAUCCUCCUGCAACUAUGCUGCGAAGAAGCACCCAAACAAAGCGAAAUUGUUCUUCUUCAUUUCAACUUUACGCACCGUAUUUGUCAUUCUGUUCUACACCAUGAUCAGUGCUGCGGUCAAUUUGCACCGCCGCAACAACCCCGCCUUCACUCUGCUCGGCCCAGUGCCUCGAGGUUUCAAACAUGCCGGUGUCCCCAAGGUCACCACCUCGGUUAUCUCUUCCUUUGCGACUGAUCUGCCAUCUGCGGUCAUUGUCUUGUUGAUUGAACAUAUUGCUAUCUCAAAAUCUUUUGGUCGCGUGAAUAACUAUGUGAUUGAUCCGUCACAAGAAAUGGUGGCGAUUGGUGUCACCAAUCUGCUCGGCCCGUUCGUUGGUGCCUAUCCCGCUACAGGCUCUUUCUCUCGAACUGCUAUUAAAUCGAAGGCUGGUGUGCGGACGCCUCUUGCUGGUCUGAUCACCGCUGUGGUUGUCUUACUUGCAAUCUACGCUCUCCCCGCUGUCUUCUUUUAUAUCCCGAGUGCUUCUCUCGCUGGCGUCAUUAUCCACGCCGUUGGUGACUUGAUCACCCCACCCAACACCGUCUACCAGUUCUGGCUUGUCUCGCCUUUGGAGGUCAUCAUUUUCUUUGCUGGUGUAUUGGUUACUAUCUUUUCUUCUAUUGAAAAUGGUGUUUACACGACAAUCUGCGUUUCUGCAGCCUUGCUCCUUUGGCGUAUCGUCAAAGCACGCGGUGAGUUUCUGGGCAAGGUUCGGGUGCAUUCCGUGGUUGGCGACCACCUGCUGGACAAUGAUGGCAAGUAUGGAACAAUGGGACCGCCACCCACCCAACAGCAGGUAGCUGGCAGUGAUGACCCAGACAACACAUUCCGCAAUGUUUACCUACCCGUCAGCCAUGAUGAUGGCUCCAACCCGCAAAUUUCGGUCGAGCAUCCUUACCCUGGAGUUUUUAUUUAUCGCUUCUCCGAGGGCUUCGUCUACCCUAAUGCCAAUCACGAAACCGACUACCUCCUGUCCACCAUUUUCAAGGAGACUCGCCGCACUAACCUGAAGACGUACCCUACCCUGGGUGACCGUCCAUGGAACAAUCCAGGCCCUCGUCGGGGACAACCCGAUGAAGACCGCACCCAUCUGCCCUGUCUUCGUGCUAUAGUCUUGGACUUCUCCUCAGUUAACAAUGUCGAUGUCACAUCCGUCCAAAACUUGAUCGAUGUCCGUAAUCAGCUGGAUGUGUAUGCCUCACCCCAGCCAGUCCAGUGGCAUUUUGCCAAUAUUACCAAUCGAUGGACCAAGCGAGCUCUUGCAUCUGCAGGCUUCGGUUAUCCAACUAUCGGAUCUGAAACUGGUCCCACACGGUGGAAACCUAUCUUCAGUGUUGCUGAAUUGGGCGGCAAGAGCUCGGCCGCAGAGGCAGCCGAGCGCGAGCGCCUUGACAAGUUGAAAGCCCAUGAUAUCGAGCAUGGUAAGCCAACCCAUACGACUGAACGAGAACAUCAUGGCGUCGAAGAGAGCAGCCACGACGGUGAAGAUUUCCAGUCUCAGCUCAGGAUCAGCACAGCGUAUGAGCACCAACGCAAAAUUGCACUUGUUUCUGGAAUCAACCGACCUCUUUUCCACGUCGAUAUUACGAGUGCAUUGCAAAGUGCUGUGGCAAACGCUAAACAUGUGGAUGCUCAUCACAAAGGCUUUGAUGCAUGA